UAUAAAACCAAUGUUCUCCCACAAUUUGUUUCAAAGCCAUAACAUAUAAUUUCUGUUUUACUUAGUUUCAAUGGCUGCUAUUGGUUCUUGUUUUUCCAAGUUUUGUUCGGCUUUGUUUCUCCUUGUGUUCUUCCAUGGAAGAACCAAUGCUAAGCUUUCAACCAAUUUUUACUCAAAAUCAUGCCCCAACUUGUUACCUACUGUGAAAUUCAUUGUUCACUCUGCUAUAAUGAAAGAGGCUCGAAUGGGUGCUUCUUUGCUUCGCUUGUUCUUUCAUGACUGCUUUGUCAAUGGAUGCGAUGGAUCGAUUCUACUAGACGACGAUAUAUCGUCCUUCAUCGGAGAAAAAAAUGCUGCCCCGAAUCGCAACUCCGCUCGAGGAUUCAAUGUGGUCGACGACAUCAAGUCUGCCGUCGAGAUAGUUUGCCCUGGUCUUGUUUCAUGUGCUGAUAUCUUGGCUAUUUCUGCUAGAGACUCUGUUACAAUUCUUGGAGGCCCCUAUUGGGAUGUGAAACUGGGGAGAAGAGAUGCUAGGACUGCAAGCCAAGCUGCUGCUAAUAACAACAUUCCUUCUCCAUCUUCUAACUUGAAUCAACUCAUUUCUGGAUUCAAUGCUCAUGGACUUGCCCCCCGGGACUUGGUCGCUUUAUCCGGGGGACAUACAAUUGGACAAGCAAGGUGUACAACAUUCAGGGCACGGGUAUACAACGAGAGCAACAUCGACCCUUCGUUUGCUCGAACAAGGCAAAGAAACUGUCCGAGGGAAACUGGAUCAGGUGACAACAACUUGGCACCCCUCGAUAUCCACACGCCUACGUAUUUCGACAACAGUUAUUUCAAGAACCUAAUCGAUAGAAGAGGUCUCUUCCAUUCCGAUCAACAGUUGUUCACCGGUGGCGGAUUCACGGAUUCCAUCGUUCGGGGUUAUAGCAACAAUCCGAGAUCCUUUCGUUCGGAUUUUGCUGCUGCCAUGAUCAAGAUGGGAGACAUCAGUCCCCUCACUGGAUCAAUGGGAGAGAUCAGGAAGAACUGUAGAAGGGUUAAUUAAUUGAUGCAUUGGUUUUCUGAAUAACAAAAAUUCAAGUUUUUUUUUGUUACGCAAUUUAGAUUGUACUUGUGGAGGAAUAAAUGUUGAGGCAACAUUUUAUUUAAAAGAAAGUAUUAUAUGAAA